CAAGCGGGAGUGACAUUCAGCGGAGCGCGCCCUCGCCUUUCGGAGAUACUUCAGCCACCUGCAUAAUAAAAACCCCGCUAUCAGGACCACGGACAGCUUCUGUCAAAGACACAGAGAAAAUACUUCAACGCACAUAUUGAAAGCAAUGUUACCAAGGAACGGCUCCCAGCUUCUCCUCCUGAUAGCUUUGUGCAGCGUGUUGUAUACCAGGACCCUGAGCCUACCUUAUCCAUCUAUGAGGUUGGAUAAGCUCGAAGGCGAUAACGAGAACGACUGGACAAAGAGUCCCUCAGUUCACGAUUCACUUCCAGAGAAUUAUAAAUUUUACUACGAUUUUUCAAACGCAGCAGCAGCAAGACCUACAAGACACGCAGACGGUCUUUUCACGAGCGGAUAUAGCAAACUUCUUGGACAGCUAUCCGCCAGACGGUACCUGGAAUCUUUAAUUGGAAAAAGAGUGAGUAAUGAGUUGAUGGAGGAGCAGAUGCCGGUGAAGCGUCAUUCGGAUGCCAUUUUUACAGAUAACUACAGUCGCUUCCGGAAACAAAUGGCUGUGAAGAAGUAUCUGAACUCUGUGCUCACAGGGAAGAGGAGCCAAGAGGACCCUUCAACUUUGAAGGAGGACUCCCCGAGAAAUGACCCCCCGUUUCCAGAGAGCUACGACGAUGUCAGUGUGGAUGAGCUCCUCAGUCAUCUUCCAUUGACACUCUGAGGAAAACUGCCUGAAAAGAAUCCCGCCAUCAUUUCAUUAUUGAUUUGCCGUUUGAAGACCAUUUAGCUAAAAACGUCAGUAUUAAAACCAAAACAGAAAUAUUUCAGCGUUAAAAAAAUAAUAAUGUGUGAAAACCUGGCUCUUAUAUAUGAAGUAAAUGUUUACAUUGUACAUACAUACUUUAGUGAAAGUUGAAAUUGUAUAUAUUGUGUGUUGGCCAUGGACCAGAGGCGUUGUUUGAACUAGUCUUCUGUAAAUGGUAGUUCAAUAAAUGCAUUGAAUUGAGCACUACAGUACUGGGCAUAGUACAAUCAUAUUGUAUCAUAGAGAUGAAGACCACAUAAUGAUCCACAAUUAUGCAUAUAAUUAGUUUGUAUUCGCAUAGAAUGAUAUCAUAACAUAUACUCAUCUGAAGAAUUUAAGUGAUGCAAGAUUGGACCACCACAUAAUAGAUGUCACUUUAUUUUGUAAAUCAGAACAAUUUUAUAUGAAAUUAUUUAUGUACCUUUAUGUCCAUAUGCGAUACCAAAAAAGUAAAACUUGUAGGAAAAUUUAAAAUAUUUACCUGUUUUGUUCUAUGAAUCGCAAAUGUUUGUAAGCCAUAAAAGCCACUUGUUAGAAAUAAACAUUCUUCCAAACAUUACCAUAUCAAACAUUCCAUCAGCCAGCCGAUAUUUUUGAUCAAUGCUGCAGUCGGGAAAGCACUAGCUGGACCUUGAAUACAGUUCCCUCAGGGGUUAUAGACUAGAAUUCUUCAUUUUUCCAACCUGAAAAACUGAAUGGAGAAAUGUUCCAUCUGUCCCCCUGCCCGUCAAAAUAAAGUCAAAUUCUCCAUCCUUCUAACGAAGCCUAACCAAGCACAGGGUCUGUUGGUAACAGAUUCUUGACGAAGACAUGUGUCAAAACAUAUGACAUUGCUGUUCAUUCCUUUGGGUAUCCGCUGAACUGAGGAUAAUUUCAGCUGCUCACAGAUAAGUUCGGCAUCUAAAUCUCUCUCUGGUCAUCAUGCACAUGUCUUAAUGCAUUUUGAUUUCACAUUUCACACACAGUGAGACUGACUCUCGGAGGGGGGCAUCGGUAAUUUUAGCAUAAGGCUAAUAGUUUUUAGAGGGGUGUUAUUAUUUGCAAGUUUUUGAUUAGAGUGCUUGGGAACGUGCAUAACAUCCUGAAAGCUCAAAUGAAAUGAAUGGAAGACAAAGAUACUUUGGGGGAGUGUGCGAUUUACCAAGAUAUGUUAUUAGAAUAUUUUAUUUAUAAAAUACAUUUCUUGGUUUCCUUUUUGAACGAAUGUAACUUCUAAUAUAUGCAGUUAAUAAAAAAAAAUACUUGUGCAAAGCUA